ACUGUGCUUUGCCAGGAACCUUAGCCAUGGAUGGUGGAGCAGACUCUGUGAUGACAGUGCAUCUUCUGGCCAACUCAGGGCACUCCUUGCUUCUGCAGCGAGCUCUAGAUCGGCUCUUGGGGUGGAUCUGCCCGGGCAUUCGCCUCUUCCUGGUGUCUGAGCGAGUUGCUCCACUCAAAUACUAUCAGAGAUACCAUAAAAGAAGCUGUGGCUUUCCUGGAGUAUCUGUUCUCCUUUUCCUACAGGAGGAGCUGGGAGAAGAACGGAUUUUCCAGGUCCACGAGCAAUUCCAGCGCCCGCCCUGGCGCUACCAGUGUGCCCAGACUGCUGAUGGGCAAAGCCACUGCUAUGCCCCAGCUCAGCAGGACUUCUACAGCCUGGAUGAGCAGAUGCCUCUGUGGGGCAUCAGGCAGGUGCCCUGUGGCCCCGAGAUCCUCCGUGUCACACUCUACUGCAGUUUUGAUAACUAUGAAGAUGCAGUGAGGCUCUACGAGCUGAUCCUGCAGAAGGAAGCAGUGAUUCAGAAAAGCACCUUCUGUGCCUUUGUGCUGUAUGCAACCCAAAGCAUUGCUGUGCAGCUCUGCCUGAAGCAGCUGCCCAUCGGGGUGGCUGCUGAGCCACGGGAGUCAGCAGCCCUGCAGUUCAGGGUGCAAGAAAUGGGGCAGCUGGUGCCUCUCCUGCCCAAUCCAUGCGUUCCCAUCAGCAGGACCAGGUGGCAAACACAAGAUUACGACGGAAAUACAAUCCUGCUGCAGGUCCAAGAUGCCUCCAGGUGCCAUGAAGACAACAGUAGGUUUUCCCAUCAGCAGAGCGGAACACUCCUGCAGGACUCUGCCCCAGUGCCUCUCUCUGGAAAGCAGGGUAAUCAUGGGCAAAGAGGCCAGAGGGGCAGAGGCACGAAGGGCAGAGUCAAACCUGAACCAAGUGACACCCUUACUCCUGAGCAAGCCACUGGUGACCUCCACAGGCCCUUCUGCUCUUCUCACAGCUGUCCAGCAGCCUGGACGUGGUGGGAUUGGCAUCUUCCUUCCCUCUGUGGACAGGCUGGCUGCAAGCUGCAGGCUUCUCUCCGGGAGAGCUGCAUUGGUCAGCAGGCAGCAGAGACCAAUGUCGACACUGGGCUGGCUGUGGUGAACUCUGUGAGUGGCUGCUGUCCACUGAACCGCUUCUCCAGAGACCUCCGGAGCAGCCUCCUCCAGCCACCAGCAGCCGCAGACAGGGCCACCAGCACUCUGCCCUGCCGGGACAGCACCCAGCUGCUGGUGGCUGCAGCUAGGAGGACUCGAGCACGAAGAGCUUCGAGCUUGCAAACGCCACGGGCCAGCUCCACACACAGAGCAGAGGAUGAGGAGCAGGAAUUCUUCAUAUGACUGAAACCAAACAUGCCUAAGGGCUCCAAGUGCCAGGUGCUGCACUUUAGCCACAGCAACCCCA